AUAAGGUGAAUGCACCAAUUUGUAAGUCGCUCUGGAUAAGAGCGUCUGCUAAAUGACUUAAAUGUAAAAAAUGUAAUUAUCGACAUCCACGUCUUCGGCGCCCGGGGAACAGUGGGUUAACUGCCUUUCUCAGGCAGAAUGACAGAUUUUUACCUUGUCAGCUCGGGGAUUCGAUCCAGCAACCUUUCGGUUACUGGCCCAACGAUCUAACCGCCAGGCAGGCUCUAACCGCCAGAGGUGGAGAGAGAGAAAAUAGAAGAAAAAUCAUCUUUCCAGAAGUCUCCCUGAGCACAAACAGAAAGGUGAACUGAGUUUCUUCUUCCCAGCUGAUUGCAGUAAAAUACAAAAUUAUUAUAAGCAGAGUGGCUGGUCCAACAAUAAAGAUCACAGUUCCUUAGUGAGAAAUGAUUCAUUAGCUCACCUCACUCAUCCAACUAUUUUCUUCGGUCUUUACCGCUCUCCCUCAAUUCUCUCCAUGUCUUCUAGAUUCAGGGUGGGAGUGUUUUGGAUGAAGCGUUCUGGCUUUUUCACUGACUCAACUACUUAAGCUUGGCAAACGUAGUAGUAGUAGGCAAGUAUGUAGAUCUUUCUGUCAAAGCUGCUUUUUAACAUGUUGCCUCUUUCUGUUGACGUUCUCUUGACUUCAUAAAGUGUGUAUGCGUGUGCAUGUGCCUGCGUGUCUACCUGACAACUGAAGCUGAUUCCUUAAGACCAGCAUUUAAGACUUUAAGGGGACCACAAAAACUCUCUGGGGCUCUGAUAACCUUAAAGCACCCCCACAGGCCCAGGGGAAGACAUUGGAUAGAAGAGGGUUAACUUAGCCUCAAAGCUUGUGCUUGUGCCAACCCUGCUCAAAUAAAAGAUCUCCCGCUCGCUCUGUGGAUCUCCCGCAUGCUGAUGUCCGUUUUGCUUAAAUCGGUAAGAACUGCACCAGCAGCAAACUCCCAAUAUGCAAAGGCACAAUGAAAACCCUGACUUCUUCUAAAUAUGUGUCUCAAGCCCUCGGCCACACACACACUGCCCUCUUCCCUCUCACAAUGAAUGGACCUCACGGCAGAUCUGCUUAAAUGUGGCAUUUCAAUGUAGACUGCUUAGCUUGGCAUUUGGGGUCCAGCUCCUGCUUAUUUGAUAAAAGCCCAGCCCCCCUUAUAAUGACUUAGCGCAUCUUAAACUUCAAAUACCUUGAUAUGAUUUCUGUCCCUCUUCAUCUUACAGUAGGGUACUUUUAUUUUCAUCCUAGCCAGCAGAUUGGAGCCAGGAAGAGGUGAUGUUCCAAAUGGCACCUUAUUCCCCAUUUAGUGCUCUACUUUUAACUAUAUCCCUAUGGGCCCGGGUCAAAAGUAGUGCACUACAUAGGGAGUAAGGUGCGAUUUGGGAUGCACAUAGUGUAUGUAUUUCAUGGCUGAAGUGUUGGACAGGAAGUUGAGCUCAGCACCUUGUCAGGAUCAGGUGCAGGUUGCAUGGUGGCUACUCUGCUGCCCUAUCAUCUUAUAUUAUAACUUACUGAGUGCCCACCACCUGUUAUUUAUCUCAACAUCACUAGACCACACCAGUCUCUAUGUAGGGCCUGGGGGCCUAUGUCUUAAAGUUAAAAAAAUAUCUUCCUUUAAUUUAAAUCAGGGGCGCAACUUUAGUUUUAGACGUGGGGUGGACAUUAUAGAUAGAUCUUUCUAUCCAGUUGGAUUAACACUCCAAACAGCCUACCCGACCGCUCGGAGGCGUCAGCCUACCCGACCGCUCGGAGGCGUCAGCCUACCCGACCGCUCGGAGGCGUCAGCCUACCCAACCGCUCGGAGGCGCGUCAGCAUGGUCCUAAAGCACACCGUUGCCUGGUUUUGUAUCACAUUCCAAUGAUACAACUGGGGGGACAAAAUGCAAUUUCAGAAUUUGGGGGGUGGACAUGUCCCCAGUGAAAGUUGCACCCCUGAUUUAAAUUGACAAUGAACUAGAUUGCCAUGAUUAUAGCAUUCAUUGUCUCUAGUUUAACAGCCUAACAUAAUAGCCUAACAUAAUCUCAAGAGAAAAGACAAGUGAGCAGAAUCUGUGUUCAUGCAGUAUAAAGUCCUGCCCUCCGUCAAGACACAUCACGGGUAUCGACGUUCUGCUCAACCUUCCAUUUUGAUUUUCUUUAACCUGCGUGCCUCACCAAAUGAAGAGAGAAGGCUAUGUCUCCACGAUGAGGGCGCAGACUGCGCGAUACUUAAUUAUUUGUUGAUCUGCGGAGGUGGGUCGGGAUGCAAUUUGUGGUUAAUUAUGAAUAAAAACCCUGCGCGAGGGCCAUCACGUGGAAUAGCCUAAUCAUAAUUAUCCCCCUCACACCCUUCUCGCGGUCCCCUCCGCCCGAAGGACAUGUGGUUUGAUUUUAUGGAUAGGAGCGUGUGGCGCUGAAUCCACUGCAGAGGGUAGGCUAGUGAUUUGGGGAGCCCGGCCUGGGGAUGUCAGGGUCUUCCUUACCCCUCAGACCACAACUUCAUAGAAAGGAUGGCAGUGUCUUUGUUUUAACCGAAUAAUGAUGUUGCAUAAUUUACAUAAAAUAAGAAGUGUAUAAUCAGAGCUUUCCACUUUUACCAUCUCACUUUAGCUCAGUAUUUUUGCAUACUUGUUUUCUAUUCGAUUUGAAUUUGGUAUUUCAUUAGGUUUUGAAGUGAAAUCUCAGAACUAUUUUGUUUGAUUUUGUGAGAGUGUGCACUAUAUUUGAUCAUUCAGUUAUAGACUUGACUUGAUCUAUUAGCACAAUUUGUUUCUAUUCUUUUUUCGUUGCUUGCUGAAAGUAUUAGUCUAGUUUGGUAUGUAAAUGGUGAUGUUAUUAGCCUACUCGGAUACUUUAUUAUUUUUACUUUAGUUUUGUCACAAAGUAACAUGGUUUACAAGGAGAUAAAUGUUUUCUAACUGAGUUUUGAUUGAAUAGUGCAUGCACUUAAUAGAAUAGAUGUCCUGGAUGAAUGGCACAUUAAGAUAUAGGCCUACACUCCAGGAGUGUUUAAAUUAGACUUUUCACCUACAAUCCAAGCUACAAAACCUAUUGGGCACUAUUCGUCUGAGACAUGUCGUGCAAAGGCACAUUUCAUAAUAAUGUAUAUGUAUCUAAUGUAGUAAGGGUUCACACAGUUCAAAGUAAACAUGUAUUUCUCAGAGAAAGCAGCACAGCUAUCGCCUUUCCAUCCAGUGCGCCUUGCGCGUACCUUCCCUGUGCCUGCCUUUCUCCUCUCUGUGCAGUAGCACAAGCUCCGUCACUAGAGGGGGAGAUGCACCUGUUCCGCAAGCCUGCGUUGUCAGUUCAGCUGCCGGCUGGUCAGCUCAAGAGGUUGCUAUAGGAAAAUGCAAAUCCUCUGCUUUCAUCUUCUCCCAUUGGUCAGUCACACCUCGAGGUGGGCGGGUCGGGCGCGUGGUGUCUUUUAAAAGUGCACAUUGCCUUUCCCAGCGUCUCAGUGAAACUGCUUGCUUGCGCUGCACCGCAGAACUCAAAGUAACGACUAUCUGCCCGAUAGAGAAAACAAACUGUGACAGGAAUUUAGCGCCUCACGCACACACACACACACACACACACUCAUCUCUCUCUCACACGCAGUACACAAGGCUCCCAGAGUGAAGGGAAGACGGCGAGGACCGGCGCAAGGUUCCCAGACUGAAGGGAAAACGACGAGGACCAAGGCAAGGCUCACAGAGUGAAGGGAAGGACCGUGUACCGUAUGGACGGGCGCGUUCGUAAGUAAAGCGCAACCUGAUAAAUCUGGACUGACCAUUCAGAAACUGGACCACUCUCCAGUGUCUUAACACCACUUAAGGAAAUAUCUAUUUUUAAUAUCUACACCUAUUUUUUUGAUUGUAAGAACUCUUAGAACGUAUUUUUUUCCGAACCAUUCCAUUGUGGAUUCCAGCAGAUGCAGAAAGUGACUUUGGCACAUGUUUACGCAUCUUUUACACGUGCGUGUCUCUUGUUCUGGGCUGUCGUGGGCCCGUGUCAUGUGUGGAAAGUUUUAUUCGGAUCCUGUGUAACACAUGCUGCAGUAACUUCAACCGCGAGCCUGCUGCUUUCUCACCCUCUUAUGACUGUAGCGAACAUUGUCCUCGCGCCAGUGGAGGCGAAGAAGGAUACAGUAAAAUACUUGACCACAAUAACACCAGAAAAGGAGCAGCCAGAACAGUAGAGAAGAUACAAUCCGUCUACAGUGCUGCUUGCUUUAUCAUCUGCUCACUCAAGGACAUUAAAUCAGAGGGCGCGAGCAGGUCCAGAGGUGAAGCGAGGACAAGACAGGUUGGUGUCGACAAAUUUCACCGGGGGCUCCAGUUUCAACCGGCCCUGGCCCGUGGUAUUAAAGCGUGCAUUUGACCAGGGAUAAGUUGUCAACAAGAGAAGCGGCGAACUGGCAGGUGUACAAGUUCAUUUACACGCGUACAUAUGCGCCGCUAUAAAUAGCAGUUGUUUUAAGGACUAGCAGCUUAAUACGAAGUAGUCUACUCCCCUCUUCUAUCCAAUCUCACAACCCCACGCACAGGGACCGGGCGUGUGCGCGUGCCUAUAUAUACGCCACACAGACCUCUUCGAUUCGAAGAAGCAAUCUGCAUCUGCGAGGGCUGCCGGUUGUCCUGCCCGGUGUCGGUUUGGCUGUGAGGGCGGGAGUCGUCGCAUGGACUGACAUGGCCACCGACCUCGCCAUGAGCGCAGAGUUGCCCAAUAGCCCCCUGGCCAUCGAGUAUGUCAACGACUUUGACCUUAUGAAGUUCGAAGUAAAGAAGGAGCCUCCAGAGGCUGACCGUUACUGCCACCGCCUCCCCCCAGGAUCCCUCUCCUCUACCCCUCUCAGCACGCCCUGCUCCUCCGUGCCUUCAUCGCCCAGCUUCUGCGCCCCCAGCCCCGGUGGCCAGUCGGGCCAAAACCUGGCCAACGGUGUCAACAGUAGCAAUAACAGCGGAAGCAGCAACCCCCAGAGCUCGGGCGGAAAACCCCACCUGGAGGACCUGUACUGGAUCCCCAACUACCAGCACCACAUUAACCCUGAAGCGCUCAAUCUGACCCCCGAGGACGCCGUGGAGGCACUCAUCGGCAACGCCCACCACCACCAUCACCACCACCAGGGAUACGAGGGCUUCCGCGGCCAGCAGUAUGUAGGGGAGGACCUGUCCACGGCCUCGGCCGGCCACCAUCACCAGACCCACCAUCACCACCACCACCAUGGACACCGCCUCGAGGACCGCUUCUCGGACGACCAGCUGGUCAGCAUGACGGUGCGCGAGCUCAAUCGGCAACUAAGGGGGUUCAGCAAAGAAGAGGUGAUCCGCCUGAAGCAGAAGAGGCGCACGCUUAAGAACCGGGGCUACGCACAGUCCUGCCGCUACAAGCGGGUGCAGCAGAGGCACAUGCUGGAGAGCGAGAAGUGCACGCUCCUGAGCCAGGUGGAACAGCUGAAGCAGGACGUCGCGCGCCUGGCCAAAGAGCGAGAUCUCUACAAGGAGAAGUAUGAGAAGCUCGCGAGCCGAAGCUACAACGGUGGCGGGCCCGGUAACAAUAACAGAGACCCCUCUAACGGAAACCACGGGAAACCGGCCUCCACGGAAUUCUUCAUGUAAGAGACUGAAUCAUGGCAUAAGACUUUUGCCUCCUUCAAACGUAUUUAAAUAUUUUUAAUGACUAUUAUUUGUAUUUUUCUCAGUUUACAUUUUAUGUUUACAGUUAUUCCUUUGGGGGGGGUGCUAUCAGUGUACAUUUUAAAUGUACAACAUAACAUAAUGCUUUAUAUUUAUUAAAAAAAAUAAGCAAGGUCGAUGCGCACAUACAGUAAGUAAUCAAUGUGCGCAGAUAUAAUUGUUGGAUUAUUGGAAGUUUUAAAGAUUGUGUUUUGGAUUAACUUCAAUACACCAACACCUCUUGAUAUGGACAUUGGAUCACAAACUCUGUCAAAUCAAUAGACUGAUUAUUAUUUUUUGAUGCAAUAGAUCUCAGAGAAACCCUGAUUAACGUUUGAAGUCUUAAUGAAAAAUAUGAAUCAAACUUGCCAACGUAUACCAGACAGAAAAACAACUGAAAACUGUUUUAAUUCCUUAUAUGGUGUCUUAAAAGAGAGACUCCAGCGUCUUAAAACUGGGUGGAAUCAAGGAAGAGAAACCGGUAUUUAUCAUAUUGGGACUGAAUUGAAAUGAAAGAGGGCGAACCACAGAAAAAGCAAUAGCCUACACCUUUGCCGCUCCUGCAGGCUCUGUCGACGGAUCCGACUGUGAUGAUGGAGGGGCACAUGAUAUAGCCUUUCUUCCCCGUUAACGGAAAAGGCAACCUUUCUGAAAAUUGCAAGUCUAGUUUCCAUCCCUUUUAGCAACCCUGCAUGCAGGACAUGUAUGGUACCCCAAACCUCCAAUCCUCUCACCCCUAUAUGUUAUGGAAAGCAUGGCCCGUGGUUCUUUCCUUUUCUCUUGCUACUCCUCUCUCAUCGCUCUCUACAGUAAGGCCUGGGUAUGCAAAAACACAACUUUAUCUCCCUAUAACCCUGAGAGAAGUAAUAAAGAAUGCAGAAUAACCUGCGACCAGAACUAGUAAUCUGCUAUUACAAAAUGGAUGCGUUUUACCCGCUAUUUUCAAUCGAUUUUUCUAUUGUUUUAAAUGAAAAGAAAAACAAAACAAAAAGAGAUGAUUAACUGAGCCAGAUUUGAGACUAUUUAUUCCCACGUGUAUAUGUGUAUAGAACAGUUAUUGUUACCUUUUAAAGCUUUGGUUGCUUGAUGAUGAGGAUUCAGAGCGUCUUAAUGCAAUGUUUUAGGACUAUCUUACAGCAUGCAAAUAGUCUACGAUAACUUCCUACUUCUACUAGACAUGUAUGAUGUAAACAAGAAGUCUAACUGUACUAAGAUGAGAAACAUUUGGGAUUUUUUUUUAUAUUGAUAGGACCUUUGUUGCAUAUUACUGUUAUGAUAAGGUGAAUAGAAAAAUUCGAUGAGGUGAUUUACUUAAUGUAGCUACAAAUACAAGGACUGCAUUCGCUGCUAAAACUCUAUGCACCAACCUAACUAAACUCUUAAUAAAUGGAUUUUCUACUUUUAAAAAAGUGUACAAUUUGAGGUAUAAUAACAAUAAAGGUGAUCUAAUGGCUUGUGAAUAAUAAUUACAUAAUUCCGCAGUCCGGUGUCUUAGAGCUCAAUAUAGCCUAUUCUGUUUUAUCUGAUGUGUAGAAAGAUGCCUGGCGGAUGCUUGGAUUGUCAAUGAUCAUCUUUUUCUGUGAGGGUAUGAUUAACUCAAAAAUCAUUAUUCUGUCAACAAGAAAUCCCUGGUUCAUUUGUUACCUGCUGCCUAGAUAUAUGAUGUGCAGAAGUACUGAACCACUUUGCCAAUGCCAGUUAGUGCAAGGCUGAUGGCGACAUAUGCAGGAAUACAGCUAGGUUGACAAGAGAAUUAUGAUAGGUGUUUGCAAAUCGGAUCAAAAUGGAGUGGGAGACAGAUGUUUUCUGCCUCCCAAGAUAAAAAUUGAUUUUUAAAAAAGUUAUCCUUGUAACGCAAAAUCAAUUGGUCUUAACUUUCAACGAAAUCAUUUAUUUUGGUGCUUUUUCUGGUUUGACAAAUUUAGUAAUGUUUUAGUGGGAAAAAAACAAUAUUGAUCAAUUAUCUUUCAAUCAAUUAAUUAAUAACUCAAUCCGUAAAUAUAGAGCAGAGUUAUGUUGUUGGCCACCGAGAUUGAACCUGUAUUUAUGGUCUUGAAGUUAGUUAGAAUUUUUAGAAUUCCAAAGUGACGUAAACACUCUCGCAUCCCGGCAACAUGGCGAAGUAUUUUCUGCACAGUGCUGUCAAUGUAUAGCCAAUCUGUAUAGCCUAUAUGAUUUCUAUAUAUUUAUUCGAGAAACAUUUAAAUGUCCGAACGUGUCAAUAACUCAAGGCAAUUAAAUGUUUCAAGAUGGAAUGUUAUUGAGAAUCUUGCUUUCAUAAUGUUUAAUAAAAAGUUAUGUCCAAAAUUU